ACGCUAUUUACUGAAGGAACAGCUGAUCGCAACGUGCUCUUUGCUCAACGAACGGGACGAGCAAAUCUCUUAGCUUUUGUGACAAGAAAAAAGGUGUUUUUAACAUUGACAUGGCUAUCGACAAAUUUGGCGGGGAGUUAGAAGUAUCAAACGGCCGGCGAUAUAGUGGUGUUGAUGAGCUUAAACGAAUGAGCGAUGUCCUGAAGUUCAUAGAAAUGAAUAAGAAAAAGGAAUCCCAAAGUUCCUCGGAAACGCAUAGCACGCGCUCGGAGCAGACGACAGACAACUUGGCGCCGGAUGGUGGGUGGGGAUGGCUGGUGUGUCUUGGCAGCUUUGUCAUCAACUUCAUCCUUGAUGGGACAAUGUUCUCGUUUGGGGUGAUGUUGAUAACCCUUCUGGAGUAUUUUGGCGAGUCCAAAGCAAAGACAUCUUGGAUUGGGUCUGUCCUUCUUGGUUUAAGCAUGAUAUUAGGUCCGUUUGUUGGUUGGCUGUUGGACAGGUUCACCAUUCGCCAGGUGACUUUGUGCGGUGCCCUUGUGGCCGCAUUCGGCUUUAUCCUCAGCAUGUUCGCUCCCAGCGUGGAAGUCCUCAUUUUAACUUAUGGGGUUAUCGGAGGAAUUGGUUUUUGUAUGAUGUUUAUACCCAGUAUUAUUGUGGUUGGUUUGUACUUCUGUCAAAAGAGGGCGCUUGCGACAGGAAUAGCCAUGAGUGGUUCCGGUGUUGGAACAUUUGUGUAUGCGUAUCUCUGUGAGGCUCUGCUAUCAGAAUACAACUGGCGCGGAACAGUCCUAAUUAUGGCGGGAAUUCUUCUGAACUGUGUCGUCUGCGCUGCUCUUUUCAGACCUCUUUCUAAUGAAGCAGUCAAUAAAAAGAGAAAAGCAACAAAAAGAGGCAAAAUGUACGACUGUGUACAUUUCUAUGAUUCAAAGGAAUCUUCAGAUACUAACUUAAACACUCAAAGAAAAGAUAUGCAGGAAGGAAUUGUGAACCUCAGAAAUGGGUCUUUCUUAUUUAAUUCUACAUCAGCUCUAGAUAGGGAAACGCCAGCCUGUUAUUCAUUUAUCCAAAAUAGUUCCAACAAAGAAUCCAAACUUUCUUCAAGAAGAAUGUAUUCAAGUGCUCAUGCUCUAAAUCGUCUGGACAAUCACCACUGUAUAUUAAAACAUGUCAACCCACUUGCUCGAAAAGACAUUUUCUACAGUGGAAGUAUUAAAAACAUACCGAAAAGUUUCUCAAGUUCAGAAUCUGCCACCAGCAACCAAACCUUGGAACUGUCUGAUUUCGAGGUCGACGUAAAGGAGGUCAAGGACACUUCGAUGAGUGGCUGUCUACAGAAUCUUGGAGGGACGGUGGAAAUGUCACUUUUUAAGAAUAGCAAGUUUGUCCUCCUUCUCCUUUGUAUGGUCCUCUGGACAGCGCAAUCCAUAUCGUUGACCUUCUUGCCCGACAUGGCAGUGGCAAAUGGCAUUCCACGUGAUCAAAGUGCUAGCAUCAUAUCCAUUUGUGGAAUUACCAACACGGUGGGACGGAUUUUUGCAGGCUUUCUUACUGACACAUUUCACGUCAGAAGCACCGUCAUCUACCUGGUUGCUCUUUCGGUAGCAGCUGUUGCUAACUUCCUGUUUCCAUGGUGCUAUAGCUACGUCACCAUUUCUGUUUGUGCUGCAGUGUUUGGUUUUUGUAUGGCCAGCAUUGUUUGCCUCCGUACGAUUGUGAUCGUGGAGCAGUUGGGGAUCAGAAGACUGACCAGUGCGUUCAGUAUGAUUGCUUUUUUCCAAGGCAUUGCCUUUAUUCUAAAUCCCCCAGCCGCAGGUUUUCUGUACGACUCGACAAGAUCUUACCUGUACCCUUUUGUACUCUCCGGAAGUAUGUACGUAGUUGCUGCCCUUUCCUGCGCGGUUAUAUUGCUCAAACAUUGUAUUUCACCUACUGAUACAGAAAAGGACAGUAUCUCCGUUGUGAUUGACAGUGAGGGUACCUCGACAGACGAAUCUCUACUCAAUGUCUAAUUAGAAUAUAUUUUCAAUUAUCAAUGUUCAAUCUAUACAUGUAUACCAUGUGUAAUAUUUAUUGAAACGAAAGAUGUGUUCGUUAUUGUUAUGUACAUGUAAGUGUUAUUAAAAUAUAAUUUAUCAA